AUGGCGAGUCAGGAACCCUCCCAGGAACUGCUCGACUCCCCGUUGUUCCAAAUCACCCCGCAGUUUACAUCAGCGCCAGCCGGCUCCCACUCAUCGGCGCUACCUAAGUUCCCUUACCGACCUGCGGGCAGUCAAACGGGAUUCCUUCGUCGAGUCGGCAACUCUAUCGUAAAUCCCAAAGUCCCCAUUCCCCGAGCGGCUCACGCCGAAGCCCCGGGCAAGCUCAGAGCUAGGCAAGCGUGUAGCCACUGCCGAGAGCAGAAAGCUAAGUGCACCGGACGCCAGCCGUGCCAACGGUGUGAGGAAAAGGGAGUCGAUUGUAUCUACGGGCUUCGCAGCCGGGAUGUUUUGGAUCGGAAAAUAGCAGAAUUGUCUGCCCAGAAUCAGCUUUACCGAGAUCUAGUUUAUGAGAUAUACCCGGGACUUGACAUUUCGUCCGCGCAAAAAGUCCAACAUGUCUUUAAUGACCUAGGAAUCGAAGUGGAACCCACAGUGUAUUCAAAGGCUCGGUCUGCCAGUCCAGUCAAUUCAUGUCUUAGGACUACAACGUACGACACUAAAAUCGGAAGCGUCGAUAUCUCAUUUACAAUCAAGGGUCAUACAGACGAAGAUUUCAAUAGUAGCCAACGCCUGCAAGCGAUGGGCUUUAUUGGCGAACACUCUGCAAUAGCAUGGCUUUUUGAACUUACGCGGUACCUUGCCAUGAAAUCCGGUCUCGGGCCGGGGGACGAAACCUACCCGCCGUCAAUCUCCGCGAUGAACUAUUUUCAAGACGAGGCCAAGCUCGAGACCCUUGAAGACGGUUUUCAAUGGACUCGACCACCCAGAGAAGAGGCAGAUCAACUUGUUAACUAUUAUCUUCGAACUAUUCAUCCCGAAUUUCCAGUGAUUGGAAAGCUAACGUUCUGUUGGCAAUAUCAAUCCUACUUCUCGAGUCCUAACGCCAGGCCUGGAAGGCGGUGGAUGGCUCUAUUGAAUCUUGUGCUUGCCAUUGCUGCGAAGAUCUCCCCAUUAGCAAGAACCUAUCAUGGAAAGAGCACAGGACACCACGGUAUCUACUUUUCACGCGCAUGGCAAUUAGGCAUUGAUCACGUCGCCUUGAGGGACUCUCCAGAUCUACAACAGGUGCAAGUGGAAGGUCUUGCAGCAUUCUAUCUCCUGAGCAUAGCGGAGAUCAAUAGGGCAGGGCGAAUGCUUGGCACAGCUAUUCAAUCUGCAGUGGCAAUGGGGCUUCAUCUCCGUAAUUCGUCAAUUGAAGUCCAAUUCUCGACAAGAGAGAUUCGCUAUCGCGUGUGGUGGACGCUCUUCGUGAUGGACUCCUCGUUGCAGGCGAUCACUGGUCGCCCACCCAAGACCGACACACGUUUCUGUACCACGCCGAUACCGAUGCCUUAUCGUGAAGAGGACCUAGCGGACAACGCUAUAAGGCACCUUCACGCUGAUGUUUACGCACGUAACCAACUUUUGAGACCAUUUCUUUUUUUCACCGGUAUAUCCGACCAUAUAACAGGUCCAAGGCUAGCAGGCGGCGAUCAAAUAGCUGGUUCUGAGUCGCGUAAGGCGAAUUCAGAUGAACGAGUUACACAAGAAGUAACCAAGUAUGGAGCUACUACGACUUCGGCAACUUCUGUGACUUCCAAGACUUCUAUGACCCCUAAGAUCUCCCUGUUCUUUGUUCAUACCGUGGACUUGUCGCACCUGACACACAAGGUUAUCGGAAUCUUGUACUCUCCACAGCCGCCUCAUAUAUCUUCUCCGGAUCUUGAGAUUACCAUCUCAAGCUUUAAUGAUUCAAUGAAUCAAUGGCUUUUACACCUUCCGCAAGAGUUCAAUUUCACCACGACCCAUAAUGUGCGGUCUUGCUCACCUCAGACUGUAAGUCUUGGGUUUCGCUUCUAUGCUGCAAGGAUCGUCGUCAACAAGCCAUGUUUGCAUUAUCUUGCCUAUGAUUCAACUAGGCCACAUCCUCCGCAAUCUUUCCAUCAAGCUGCGGCAAAGCUCUGCGUGCGAGCAGCUUGCGAAAUGCUAGACCUUCUGCCAUCCACAGUCGAUCUCGCCUGGCUCUAUGGUACCACCCCAUGUUGGCUGGUGCUACAUUAUAUCAUGAUGUCUAUUACUGUCCUUAUGAUCGAACUCUUUUUGCACUCUGAAGGUCAAUCUAGCGAGGAGAGAAGCGUUCUCGUGCAGGUUCAAAAAGCUUUGCGCUGGCUCAAAUUCAUGUCCAACAGUGACACCUCCGCAAAGAAAGCAUGGCUGAUCUGCAAUAAUAUCUUAGCGCAACAUGAGUCACAAAACUCUCCUGUCCAUGAGAUUCAGAAAGGCCAAUGA